AGAACACCUUGUCCAUCAAGUCCACAUACAGCAAGACCAUUAAUUCUGUCUAGUGUCCAACACUUGACUGCUACAAGAAAGCCAAAAAUAUCAAAUAUGGAAGCUUCAGUUGGAGAUAUUUUGAUUGUGGGAGCUGGAAUUGCUGGCCUGACAACAUCACUGGGACUUCACAGGCUGGGAAUCAGAAGCUUAGUAUUGGAAUCAUCAGACACUUUGAGGGAGACAGGAUUUGCAUUCACUACUUGGAAUAAUGCCUGGAAGGCCUUGGAUGUUCUUGGCAUCGGUGACUCACUUCGUCAACCACAUCAGCAGCUCCAGGGGAUGGUGGUUACCUCCACUAUAUCAAGACAACCCCCUUCUGAGAGAUCAUUGAAGUCUGAAGGAAAACUUAGUGAACGUGAAAUUCGAUGUGUGAGAAGGAAGUUGUUGCUGGAAGCACUUGUGAGGGAACUCCCAAUUGGCACCAUCAGGUUCUCCUCAAAUGUGGUUUCUGUAGAGGAAUCCGGCUACUUUAAGCUGGUUCAUCUAGCUGAUGGCAGCAUCCUCAAGACCAAGAUUGAUGGAGUGAACUCAGUGGUGGCAAAAUGGCUUGGCUUGAAGAAACCAGAUUUUGCAGGAAGAUCUGCCAUCAGGGGAUAUUCAGAUUUUAAGUGCAGCCAUGGCCUUGAGCCCGAAUUCCUUGAGUUCCUUGGAAAAGGGGUUAAAUCUGGUUUCCCCCCCUGUGAUGAUCAAACUGUUUAUUGGUUUUUCACUUGGAGUACCUCCAGCCAAGAUAAAGAACUUGCAAGUCCAGCUGAGAUGAAGCAGUUUGUGUUGAGUAAGUUUAACAACUUACCUGAUAAAGUUAAGGCUGUUUUAGAAAACACUCCACUAGAAAGCAUUAUUUCCUCACCACUGAGAUAUAGGCACCCCUGGGAGGUGCUGUGGGGAAAUAUUAGCAAAGGCAAUGUGUGUGUGGCUGGAGACGCACUGCAUCCUAUGACACCAGACCUUGGCCAGGGAGCGUGUUCAGCCCUAGAAGAUGGCAUUGUUUUAGCCAGGUGCAUUGCUGAAGCCUUGACCAAAACACCCUGCCGUGAAUUAGACAAUGAUGAAUUUAGGAGGAUUGAAAUGGGACUGAAUAAAUUUGCCAAAGAGAGAAGAUGGAGAAGCUUUCAGCUCAUCAGCACAGCAUAUGUGGUUGGUUUUAUACAUGAAAGUAAAGGAAAGAUUAUGACCUUUUUGAGAGAUAAGAUUUUGCCUGCAUUCCUAACUGGAGUGCUGAUUAAGAGAGCUGAUUUUGAUUGUGGGGAGCUCAGCAUCCUGAAUGCCACCGCUUCUGUCUAAAACACCAGAUGGAGCAUCAAAAGCUCUGUAAAAUUACAAUAAAAAUGUGAUUGUUUUGUAAAUGUGUGAAGUCAAAAUGUUCUUAAGCAUUGUACUUGACAUAUCAUGUAAUGAAGUGUUCAUUUAUAAAUUAUGUGAGAAUCCCAUAUAUUUCUACAAACUGCCAGUUUCCCCCCCAUGAACUAUAUUUUAAUUCCUGAAUCCUUCUGGUGUUGAUUAGAGCCACUCUACCUCUUCCCUUUGUUUUAAGUGUAAAAGGAUUAUAAAAGCCAGCAUUUUGUGGACAAUAUUCUUAUUGUUUGAUAUUAGCAGGGCCAUGAAA